GCAUUAAAUAUGGUCCUAAUACCAACCUGAAGGGCAUACCGGUCAUUCCGCUUAAACAUACUUUCUCAUAGUUUCCUUUCCCCCACACACGAACGCACUCGACGCGAAGCGCAGCUUGAAAGGGACUCUAAUAUUCCUCGUGUCUGUGAUCGGAAAAUGAAGCGAGCACUCCACUCCAGCGAGUUUCUCGAGGCCGGAGACGAUAAGAGAAAGAGAACAAAGCUCUUAGACAAACAAGACGAGAAGCACGAAGAGGAUAGGUUCGUGAACCUCAACGAAGAUUUACUGUUUGAGGUACUGAAGCACGUGGACGCGGGCACUCUGGCCACGGCGGCGUGCGUUAGCAAGAAGUGGCGGAACACGGCGAACGACGAGAGGUUAUGGGAGAUGAUCUGCACGCGCCACUGUGCUAACGUUGGGUGCGGCAGCGACCAGCUCCGCUCGGUGGUCCUCGCUCUCGGAGGCUUCCGUCGGCUCCACGCGUUCUGCCUCUGGCCGCUCCUCAAAACCUCGUCGUCGCGCACUCUCUCAGCGUCGUCGUUCCCGUCGAAGAAGGGGUGUCGGAGUUGGGGAAAAGAUGAGGUUCAGCUCUCGCUGUCGCUGCUGUCCAUUCGGUACUACGAGAAGAUGGAUUGCAGCUCCCAAGCUUGUUCGAAUAGAAAAUGUUGAUCGUAUCUCCGAACUUGUGAGUAUUCCAUGUUGUGAUUUGGUUUGUUUUGUGUGAGAAUUUUGGUUUUUUAAUUAGAUUCUGCAAUUUCUGUAACAGAUUUUGCUUUAUUUUUUUAUGGGUAUAAUAUAAUACAUAUGAUGUUUAAUGGUA